GAAAAAAAAAGUACAGAAGAAAGGCUUUAUAUUUUUGAAGUGCACAAUUUUUUUUACAAGAUUUACUUUUCUCUGUAGCUAAAUGAAAUAUGAACGAUUUUCAAUCUUGAGUUUAAAAAAAAAAAUUGUUAAUUUGUAAGCUCUUAAUUUAACAGGCUUAUCAGUAUCAGUUUAUGAUAGCUUAGUCUUUAAGGCUAUUCGAAGAUAAUGGACUUGACAGAAACUUCGUUUCAAAUGUUUCACAAAAGUUUUAUUCAUGAAAAACUAAAAUUCAGUAAUAUUUUGUGUCUGGACUUAUUGAUCGGGAGAAAAACUAUUAUAUAUGAAUAUAGUGUUUUUAAUUCGUACGUAAUAUCAACUCUUAUUCUGAUGGAUAUGUAUAGAACAUUAGAAAAUUAUUCGCGACUUCAUAAAUGUUGUAAGAUAAAACAUUUAAAGAUUCCAAAAAGUCGCUGGCUAUUGACAAAAGAACCCGAUUGAUUUUUUUUUUCAAGAGAAAGAAAGAGACGAAAAACGGCGCGAAUGGCAAAAAAUUGACGACAUUUUUCAAGAAACUUUGAGAAUUAAAAUUACAGUACCUGAGAAAAUUUCAAAACAAUUAUGGAUAAUGCAGAUGGUGAUAAUCAGAAUUUAAGUGGUGGUGAAAAUGAUAUGGGAGAUGAAUUAAAAAUUGCUGCUGAUGAAACAUACGAUACACGCAGUGAAGUUUCUUCGAGCAGUUCAGAUUCAGAUUCUAGUCAACCAAGCAUUAGUUCUGUAUCGACUAAAUCAUCUAGAGGUGAUAAUAAACGAAAUAGAAAGAGUAAGGGAAAACGUGCGAGAUCGAGAGAUUUAAAAUCCUCGAGUCCCGAAGCAAAACGAGCAAGAUCCAAAGAGAGCAAGAGUGGAUCUACUAAAAAUUAUGAUUAUUCCACAAAAUUAAAUUACUUAUUUAGAGAUACGAGAUUUUUUAUCAUCAAAUCCAAUAAUGCGGAGAAUAUAACGCUUUCAAAAGCAAAAGGCGUUUGGAGUACAUUACCGCAAAAUGAAGCAAAUCUAAAUCAGGCUUACAGGGAGUCUCGAAAUGUGAUUCUUAUUUUUUCGGUUAAAGAAUCGGGAAAGUUUGCUGGCUUUGCAAGAUUGAGCACUGAUUCCAAAAGAGAUGGAGCUCCAAUAUCUUGGGUUCUUCCUCCAGGAUUGUCGGCAAAAGCAUUGGGUGGCGUAUUCAAAGUUGAUUGGAUAUGUAGAAAAGAAUUGCCGUUUACUUCCACUCUACAUCUUUAUAAUCCUUGGAAUGAUGGUAAACAGGUGAAAAUUGGAAGAGACGGCCAGGAAAUUGAGCCUCGAGUUGCCGAGGAAUUAUGCAGAUUAUUUCCCGAAGAUGACGGAAUAGAAAUGACGCCAAUUUUAAGAAAAUCUAAAGAGGCAGGAAAACAUGUCUCAAAAUCAUCGAGAAGUUAUCGUGAUAGAAUUGGAAAUGGCGGUGGUUCAAGAUUUUUACGAUCACGAGGAAGAGGUCGUCGAUUGUUUCUCACUUCUAGAUCGAGAUUGGCAUCACUUGCAAGAGCUGGACAUUUACCUGAUCACAGAAAUUCCAGGGAUCAUCAUCGUUAUCAAUCGUGGUUCGGAAGGAGUGAUUCUCCAUAUUCUAAAAUGUAUGGAUCUGCCGGAAUGGGAGUUGCAGCGGCUGCUGAAGCAUAUGUAGCAGAUUAUAUGCGGACAAUGCAACAUCAAUUGCCACCUUUACCUCCGUAUGUUACACCUCAUCCUUAUGAUUCAUUGCCUCCGCCGCCACCUCCUCCACGUUAUUAUGAUGGUCUUCCAUUACCACCGGAUUACACAGCGGCAACUUCUACUUUAGAGAAGAGAAGCUAUGAGCGAAGUGUUGAUGAAUUUUUAUGGCGAACAACUGGACGUCAUGGUCGACACAGUGAUCAUCGUUCAUCGCGUGAUCAUCAUCAUCAUCGUUAUCGAGAUAGAAGAUAAAAAUGCAUAAUAAUUCUAUUUCACUUCAGUAUACUAUUUACUGUAUGUGUGUGUAUGUCCACCGCGCAAUCUGUGAGAAUAUUAUCAAUUUCGAUAAAUAACUUUUAUACGUGAUAGACAAAGAAAAAAAGAAAAAAAAACAAUUUGUAAUCUUGUAAUUGUUGAUAGAAAUUUUCAUUUAUAAUGUUAGUAAUCCGAUCUCGUGAUUUUAUGGAUUUCAAAUUCCAUAAAGCAACUUUCAGCACUUUAUAAAAUAUAAGUUUAGUAAUUAAAAAAUAAGCAAAUGGAAAAUAAUAAAAAACUUUAUAAUAUAGUUUGGAAUAUAACUGCUUUUGUUUGCAGAUAUAUGUUUAUAAUUAAGAAAUGAAAAAUUUAGAAUAAUAUUAUAAUGGCGAAAAUUCAUUUAUAUGAUGUAGAUAUACAUUUAAACAUUUUCUACUUUGCAACUGGGAUUUUUUUUUUUAUCGAAAAAAAAUUCGGUACGAUUUGAAAUUUUUAAAUAAAUAUAAAAAAAAAUUCUUCUGUAUCUUGAAAUUUGGAAAAUGUGUACCUACGUUAGGGAUUUUUUAUCUCUACACGAAAUUAGUAAUUGUUGUACUAAUAAAUUAUUUGAAAAGAAAA